AUGACUUUCAAUCAGAAGAAAGCAAUACGUCGAAUGGCUAACAAUUUCUUUCCAAGUGGAGAAACCCUUUAUAGGAGGAAUCUAGAUAUGGGACUUUUCAGAUGUGUCAAUGCCAUUGAAGCUAUGAAGGUUCUCGAACAGAUUCACGUGGGAGUUUGUGGAACUCACAUGAAUGGGCUUACCUUGGCAAAAGAGAUCCUUCGAGCCGACUAUUUUUGGAUGACUAUGGAGCAUGAUUGUUGUAAGUAUGUGCAAAAAUGUCACCAAUGUCAAUUGCACGGUGAUUUGAUUCGACUACCUCCUCACGAGCUCAAUGUUAUGAGUUCUCCUUGGCAACUAUUUGUGGCUCGGGGUAUGGAUAUCAUUGGUCUAAUAGAGCCAACCGCCUCUAAUGGACAUAGGUUCAUUCUAGUUUCCAUUGAUUACUUCACCAAGUGGGUGGAAGUAGCCUCAUAUAAAUCAGUUACGAAGAAGGUAGUAGUAGACUUCGUUCAUAAUAAUUUGAUAUGUAGAUUUGGAAUACCAGAUUCUAUCAUUACCGAUAAUAGAGAAAAUCUCAAUAGUCAUUUGAUGAAAGAGAUAUGUGAGAAAUUCAAAAUUAAUCACCGAAACUCAACCAUGUAUCGUCCUCAAAUGAAUGGAGCCGUAAAAGCUGCCAACAAGAACAUCAAAAAGAUCUUAAGGAAAAUGAUUGACAAUCACAGAGUUUGGCAUGAGAUAUUUUCAUAUGCUUUGUUAGGUUACCGAACGACUAUUAGAACAUCAAUUGGAGCAACCCCAUACUUGCUAGUAUAUGGGACGGAAGUCGUAAUCCCCGCCAAAGUGGAAAUACCUUCAUUGAGAAUCAUUCAAGAAGUUGAAUUGAGAAACACCGAUUGGAUUCAUAAUCGAAUUGAAUAUUUGACUUUGAUUGAUGAAAAGAGAAUGAACACCGUUUGCCAUGGUCAAUUGUAUCAACAAAGAAUGAUUCGUUCUUUUAACAAGCGAGUGAGACCAAGAAUGUUUUAA